GCCAAGCAAUAUUGUCCUCAUCUCAUUGUUUUCUCCUUUUCUUCUUGUGUGUGCUUUUGUUUUGUUAUCUUUAGGUUUUGAAAGAAUGUCAGUGAAGCUUUUCAGAAUCGCUCCACCACACCACCACCACCUUCCCCACCAACGGCACCGUCUUCACAAAUGAUGGCGUCUCUUCACGACCUUCUCGUUGAAGAAGGCUUUGAGCGCACGAAAAACCACCCCAAAACCUCCCGAAAGCCUCCACUCCUCUCCAAGCCCAACAGAGACCCCAGACUUGCUCGAGAUGAUUCCAUUGCUCUCCCCAUCUACAUCUGCCAUGACAGAAGAAACUUCCACUCCGUCAAGCACAAGGCCGACAAGGCCAUCACCCGAAACGCCCCUGGCCUCCUUUCCUCCAAAAGAGUUAGUUCGGAUUCAGAGAGGGCCAAUUCUCAGUCCUUGGGUGGUUCUGAGGGUGCAAGGAGGGAUGGGCCUGCCAUUGAUGAAGUGGCCAUCAGGGCUGUGAUUUCAAUACUCAGUGGAUACAUUGGGAGGUACCUCAAGGAUGAAACUUUCCGGGAAAGCGUCAGGGAAAAGUGUUACGCUUGUUUGGAGAGUAGGAAAAAGGAUUCGGAUAAUGGGGUGUUUGCAAACAUGGAGUUGGGAAUUGAGAGCAUUGAGCAGCUGGUACUUGGGAGCCCUGGGACACACAUGGAGUUGAGGAUGAAAUCCCUGAGGAACUCCAUUAGGCUUUUGAGCAUCGUUGCCUCACUUAAUUCUGAAACAUCCCGUAACGGCUCUACUUGUGGGAUUCCCAAUUCCCACCUCUCAGCUUGCGCUCAGCUCUACUUGUCCAUAGUCUAUAAGCUUGAGAAAAAUGAUAGAAUUUCAGCUAGGCACUUGCUUCAAGUGUUCUGUGAUGCACCUUUUCUAGCCCGGACUGACUUGCUUCCUGAUCUUUGGGAGCAUUUUUUCCUUCCCCAUCUUCUCCAUCUCAAGGUUUGGUACGCUAAUGAGCUUGAAUUCCUGUCAAACCCAAAUUUUGGGGACAAAGAGAAGAGGGCUAUAGCUUUGAGCAAGAUCUACAACGAUCAAAUGGACAUGGGCACCAGGCAGUUUGCGUUUUACUACAAGGACUGGCUCAAAGUUGGGGUCAAAGCCCCUCCCAUACCCUCUGUGCCCUUACCAUCAAGGCCUAGUUAUGGGAAUUCAAUGAGGCGAUCAUCGGACUCUUUCUCUUCGAAUCUCUCCAUCAACAAAAACUUGUAUCAAGCUGUUUUCGGCCCCACCUCUGAGCGGCAAUCCAUGGAACAUAGUGAGCGAACUGGAGCUAAAAUUGAUACAUGGAGUGUGGAGGAAAAAGAAAAAGUUUGUACGAAUGAAGAUAGCGACGCCCGACAUCAUUAUGUUCAUAAUGGAUUAGGAGCUCAGAGAAGAUCGCCAAGCCAACAUUACAGAUUCACAAAAGAUGAAUUGUGGUCCGAGACACAGAGAAUAGACUUUUUUCGGUUCUUUACCUGCCAAAGGGAGCUGACAGAAUGCUUGGUGAACGGCAAUUUCAUAGUCAGGAAUGAUUCAAUCAGAAAGGAAGAAAAUAGCUACCUUCCUGCAAGUGAUCUCGCUAGAGCAAUUACCACCAUUUCCUCAUCAGACAGCCUAACUGACUGUGAAAGAGCAGUUCGGGUGAUUACAAAAGCUUGGUUGGACUCACAUGGCGAUCGUGUCACUGAAUCUGCAUUGUCAAAGGCACCUGUGAUAGAGGGAAUUCUUGAAGUUCUAUUUGCUUCCAAUGACGAUGAAAUUCUAGAAUUGGGGAUCUCAAUUUUAGCAGAAUUUGUAUGGAGAAAGGAGGCAAAUAGGCAGAUAAUAUUGAGUUCAGAUCCACAACUUGAGAUCUUUAUGAGACUCCUGAGAAGCAGUAGUCUAUUUCUAAAAGCUGCGGUUUUGCUUUAUCUAUUGAAGCCAAAGGCCAAACAGCUGAUAUCAAUUGAGUGGAUUCCAUUGGUCCUUCGGGUGUUGGAGUUUGGGGACCAGCUGCAGACCUUAUUCACAGUUAGAUGCAGUCCUCAAGUGGCAGCAUAUUACUUCCUAGACCAACUUCUUAUGGGCUUCAAUGAAGACCAAAACUUGGAGAAUGCCAGACAAGUUGUUUCAAUUGGAGGAUUGAGCUUGUUGGUGAAAAGAAUAGAGACUGGAGAUGCCUGCGGAAGGAACAAUGCUGCUUCCAUCAUUUCCUGUUGCAUUCAGGCUGAUGGAAGCUGCCGACAUUACUUGGCGAACAAUCUGAACAAGGCUUCCAUUCUUGAACUCCUCGUUCUAGGCAAUCAAAAGAAUUCCAGUUCUUGUGCUUUCGCUUUAUUGACUGAGUUGAUAUGCCUCAAUAGAAGAACUCAGAUUACGAAAUUCUUAGAUGGUCUUCAGAAUGGAGGUGCUCACUUGAACACAAUGCACAUCUUGUUAGUCUAUCUGCAGAGGGCUCCACCUGAAGAACGCCCAUUAGUUGCAGCUCUGUUGUUACAGCUUGAUCUUCUGGGAGAUCCUUCAAAGAGCAGCGUAUAUAGAGAAGAAGCAGUCGAGACAAUUAUAGCAGCUUUGGACUGUCAAACAUGUAAUGAAAAGGUCCAACAACAGUCAUCAAAAACUCUCAUGAUAUUGGGAGGCCGAUUCUCUUACACAGGAGAGGCAUCAGCAGAAAAAUGGCUCUUACAGCAAGCUGGUUUAGAAGAGAUCUCAGAAGAUUCACUCCACAACACCGAAAUAUUUGUCAAUGAAAUUAUGAACUCUGGAAGCCUUGAGAAUGACGAGGAAGAAGCAACAGAAAACUGGCAGAAGAAGGCAGCCAUUGCAUUGUUCAGAAGCGGCAACAAGAGAUUCUUGUCUGCUCUCUCAGAUUCCAUAGCCAAUGGCAUUCCAUGUUUGGCCCGAGCAAGCUUGGUCACAGUUUCAUGGAUGAGCAACUUUUUGUGUUCCAUGGAAGAUGAAAGUUUUCGGUGGAUGGCAUGCUCAAUCCUUGUCCCACAGUUGAUAGAGUUGUUGAGUUACAACAGAGAUGUUGAGGAAAGAGUGAUUGCUUCAUAUUCAUUGCUGAAUCUUGCCAAGAAUUCAGAAUGCACUUCAAUGCUCUCAUCCUUGGAUCAUGAAGAGCUGGUGAACUCUCUUCGCAAUCUAUCGUUAGUCACAUGGACAGCCAACGAGCUUAUGUCAAUCAUCACAAGCAGGCCAAGGCAUCGGUUUCCUGACCGAGAAACCGUGCCAAGUUCAAAAAGUAGAAAGGAGUCAUCUAAAAUCUAAAUUCCCCAAUUGUUCUCUCUUUUUCUUUUUACUAAGGGUGGCGAUUCUUCCUAUGUUAUUGCCAUCACAUGUUCAUUCAAAGGGAAUGUUCCAUUUUUUUUGGGUUUAUUGUGUGCAAGUAUACGCCAUAGUUCUCUUUUAUUUUCCCUUUUUUUAAUCUCCCAAAUCCUCUAUUGUACAUCUCAUAAAAAUCCAGAUAAGGUUAUGUAACCCAAAAAAAGAAUUUCUA